AAUUGGGUUUUCCUCAGACUUGUGGCGGAGGACAGGCACACUAGAAGGGGACGAGGAAACCAAGCUGUGGCAGAAGACUGGAGAGAAGCUAAGGGAGCCGACUGUUAAUCCACUGAACAGUCCAGGUGGCCAAAGGACAUUUGAAAAUGGAUGGACCUCUGAGGCCCAGAUUGGUCUCCCUCAGUGACUUUCAGUUUGGAGCUGUUACUACAGAGACCAUCGAAGACGCUCUGCUCCACUUGGCCCAGCAGAAUGAGCAAGCGGUGCAGGAGGCUGCGGGCCGGAUGGGCAGCUUCAGGGAGACCCGGAUCGUGGAGUUUGUUUUUCUCCUGUCUGAACAAUGGUGUCUGGAGAAAUCUGUGAGCUACCAGGCUGUAGAAAUCCUAGAAAGGUUUAUGAUUAAGCAGGCAGAGAACAUCUACAGGCAGGCCACACUCCAGCUGAGAGAGAGUGAGAAGGCAGAGCCUCAGAACUGGAGGGCUCUGAAGGAGCAGCUUUUCAACAAGUUCAUCCUGCGUCUUGUGUCUUGCGUUCAGCUGGCUAGCAAACUUUCCUUCCACUAUAAGAUAAUCAGCAACAUUACAGUCCUGAAUUUCCUUCAGGCUCUAGGGUAUCAACACACUAAAGAAGAACUGCUGGAGUCGGAGCUGGAUGUUUUGAAGUCCUUGAACUUCCAAAUCAAUCUGCCCACUCCUCUGACAUAUGUGGAGAUGCUUCUAGAGGUUUUAGGAUACAAUGGUUGUUUGGUCCCAGCCACACAGCUUCAUGCAACCUGCCUGACUCUUCUUGACCUAGUCUAUCUUCUGCACGAACCCAUAUAUGAGAGCCUGCUGAGAGCUUCAAUUGAGAACUCCAUACCCAGUAAAUUGCAAGGGGAAAAGUUUAUUUCAGUGAAGGAAGACUUUAUGCUCUUGGCAGUAGGAAUCAUUGCAUCAAGUGCUUUCAUCCAAAACCAUGAAUGCUGGAAGCAGGUUGUGGGGCAUUUGCAGAGCAUCACUGGCAUUGCCUUUGAGAGCAUUGCCGAGUUCUCUUACACAAUCCUGACUCACAGCGUGGGAGCCAACACUCCAGUGCGACAGCAGCGUCCUCCUUCUCCCAACACAUGA